CAAACGACGCCGCUUCAGGGAGCUGGUCGUCGCUCUCCCUAAAGCGUCGGAGACCACCGCGUUGGUCCCCUGCGAAACUAGGGGAGAUACGAGGUGGGUGGUUGGUUGCAGAGGACGAAGCUCUCUUCGAGGAAGAGGACCGACAAUGUCGUCGCUUCUGCAGUCGUUUCUGGAUCCGAAGAAGAGCUGGCUCGCCGCCCAGCACAUGAAGGCCCUCUCCACGCGCCUCCGCCAUUACGGGCUAAGGUAUGACGAUUUGUAUGAUGGGUACUACGACCUCGACGUGAAGGAGGCGCUCGAUCGGCUGCCGAGGGAGAUCGUGGACGCGCGGAACCAGCGGAUCAAGCGUGCCAUGGACCUGUCCAUGAAGCAUGAGUACCUUCCUGAGAAUCUUCAGGUUAUGCAAACUCCAUUCAGAAGCUACCUUCAAGACAUGCUGAGUCUGGUAAAGAAAGAGAAUGCAGAACGUGAGACCUUGGGAGCUUUGCCUCUUUAUCAGCGCCAAAUUCCUUGAGCAGUGCAGUUUUCCUUCAGCUUUGCACUCUAUGCCAAUUCCUGAGAUUCCUGUUGAAUUUUUGGCCUUGAAAAUAUCAUUUUCAAGGUUUCAUUAUUUCAUAAGCCAGAUGGCUGUGCCAGUUGUUGGUCCCUCCUUCACUAUUAUUCAAUGAAUUGUUUAACCGUACUGCGCCUGUUGCAAUAAUAUCAGUUCAGGGAUAUGUUUUCCCAUUUAUUUGUUGAAGAAUUCAGAUAUUCCUUGCUGAAAUUGGAACUUCAAAUCAGUUUGACAGUGUAGUAGAAAUUGAAAUCUGUCACUGGCUCAGAUAUGUAGAGGGAAAGCUAGUGGUUGAGACAGCUCCUAUUGUACAACCAAUUUCAAGGGCAAAAUAUCUCUGUCCUAUCUUCUCA